AGAGACGCACUGAGUGAGUGGUGCGAGAGUGAGUGGAGGACUAAAAAAGUCCGUGAAGAAAGAGAGGUUCCUUUCUAACGUUAAUUUCUGUCCGAGAAGCAACACCGCGCCGCGGCGGAGGGAUGUCAAACAGCGUGGAAGAUGCCGUGAGUCACGUAACUUGUUAGAAGAAGAAAAAGAAGAAGAAGAAGAAGAAGAGAGAAGCCCGUGUUCCUUCCAGCUGGCUCCAGUCGGGACGGUUGGCCGUUUCCCGAGCAGAUUUCGAGUUUACGGGACGAGACGCGAGGAAAGCGAGCGAAGUCUCUGACGGGAAAGCGAGCGCGUCUUCGGUCGUUCGGUCGGCGGAGAACAGGAGAACCGGGAGAGCGGAGGAGCGCGGCGGCAGGAGGGAGGACGGCCAGCGGCAGUUAGUAAAAGUUUGCCGCGGCGUGUCUUCACCUAGUUUUCCCACAUUGAAACCCGGAGCCGGGGGGGAGAGGCCGACCGACACACUGACUUUUCUUUCCACUUAGCAACUUCGUGGAAUUGUUCCAGUUUGGCAAAGUUUGAGCGUCCUGCUAACAGCUAGAGAAUGAAAACACCUGGAGAUAGUGGGUUCGCCUUCCCAGAAUGGGCCUACAAGCCGGAGUCGAGUCCCGGGUCCAGACAAAUCCAGCUGUGGCACUUCAUCCUGGAGCUGCUCAGGAAAGAGGAGUACCACGACGUCAUCGCCUGGCAGGGCGACUAUGGCGAGUUUGUCAUCAAGGACCCCGAUGAGGUGGCCCGCCUCUGGGGGGCCAGGAAGUGUAAACCUCAGAUGAACUACGAUAAGCUGAGCAGAGCGUUGAGAUAUUACUACAACAAGAGGAUCCUCCAUAAGACCAAAGGCAAGAGGUUCACGUAUAAGUUCAAUUUCAACAAACUGGUUCUGGUCAACUACCCCUUCAUCGACAUGGGCUCCACUGGUAAGCCUGGAAGCAGCGUUCCUCAGAGCGCCCCUCCCGUCCCCACGGGCGCAGACACCCAUUUUCGCUUCCCUCCCUCCACGCCCUCUGAGGUCCUCUCCCCCAAUGAGGACCUGCGCAGCCCCGGCGGGAUGUUCAGCUCCGUGGCCCGGCGGAUGGCCCGCGGCUCCGUCAGCGACUGCAGCGACGGCACCUCGGUCAACUCCGAGAUCGAGGAGGGCAACACGGGGGCCGGAGAGGAGAGGGGGGAGAGGGGUGUGAGCGGCGGAGGCGGAGGAGGCGGCGGAGGAGGAGGCGGCUACAGGAGCAUCAUCCAUCCCCGCCUGUCCCACGAAACGCUGUUCCGCAUGUACGGCGGGCCGGGUAACCCCGCCGGCCACCCGGGCUCCCGCGGCCCCGCGGGCCACCGGAUCCACCCGGAGCCGCUGUCCCCGUUCCCCGUGUCCCCCCUGCCGGGGCCGGGAGGGGCCAGCCUGUUGGCCCCCCCUCUGUCCCCGGCUCUCUCCAUGACUCCCACGUCUCACCUCCCCUACACCCCCUCGCCCACCCUGUCGCCCAUGCUCGGCUCCCACUUCUCCUUCAACCCGGAGGACAUGAAGCGCUACCUGCAGGCGCACACCCAGUCGGUCUACAACUACGGCCUGAGCCCCCGAGCCUUCCUCCAGUACCCCAACAUCGUCAUCCCCCAGCCCCACCGGCUGGCCGCCGACAAGGCCGGCCUGGCGCCGGAGCGGGGCGCGGCCGAGAGGGCGGAGCGGGCCGCCACCGCCGGAGGAGGCGAGAGGGGGGGCGACCGCCACCACCACCCGACCCUGGCUCACUCCGCGCACCACCACCCGCACCCUCCUCACUCUGCCCACCCCCACCCGCACUCCCACCCCAUGCACCACCCGCUCCACCUGGGCGAGGAGCCGCCGCACAUGUCGCCCUUCAAGUUCAAGCUGCAGCCGCCGCCGCCGGGCAAGAAGCAGAGGGAGGGGCAGGGCAAACCCAGGCAGAGCUCGCUGUCGUCGGGCUCGGGCUCCGGGUCCAUGUCCUCCACCUCGGGCCUGGGCUCCUCGCUGUCAUUUGGCAGCGACCUGAGCUCCGCUGGCGGCUCGGGCGUCAUCUCUGCAUCGUCAUCCACGCAGUCCCUGAACAGCGCCGGACUCCCCAAGAUAAAGGUGGAGCCCAUCUCUGAUAUCGAGUCAGAAGAGGAGGUGGAGGUGACCGACAUCAGCGAUGAAGAUCCCGACGAGAGAGAGGAGUUCCAGCUCUUCUCCCCUCGCCACUCCAGAGCGUCUGACCAUCAUCAUCAUCACCAUCAUCACCACCACCACCACCAUCGCCACCACCACAUGGCAAACGGCACGGCCUCCGGCCAGCACCAGCCCCACCCCGACGAGGACCUGGACGAGGACGUCUUCAAAGCGCCGGCUCCUCCUCCCCCCGGCCUGAUGCCUUUCUUCACCUCGCAGCACAUACACUCCAACGCCCACCGGGCGCUGCCCGUCCUCAAAACUGAACCCGUCGAACCCGGAGAGAGCAACGCCCCCCCGGCCCAGACCGCCCAGGCAGGGACCCCCCAGACCAAGUGCAUCCCCCUCAAGCUGCGCUUCAAGAGGCGCUGGAGCGAGGACCAGCGCAUGGAGGCUUCGCAGGAGGAGUCCGACGACAAGAAAGUGCGUCCGCAGGAGGGGAGGGAAAGCAACGGGCGGAUGGAGACGGAUGAAGAUGGGACGGGCAGCGGGGACGGAGAAAGCCCACCACCGAUGGGCUAUGAAGGCUCCUUAACGACACACCGGAAGGUGAGCGCCGAGCUCCACCGCGCCACGGCGCAGCUCUCUCUGGAGAAUAAAGACUGCUGAUCCGAGCCUCAGCCCAAACACUACUGCUGCAGCAGCACAGGAGGCGGCGGCGGCGGUACCGGAGUAUGUACAUGGUUCCUCUGUAAUCCCUCUCCUGCACUGACAGACUAGACUCCCAAGACCCUCAGUGACCGGAGAGCACAGUCCAACACACACAAACACACACAUACACACACACAAGUAACACCUCAAAGAGAGCUCAAGUCAUCCCCAGUCCCCUGUCUGGAUCAGGCCUCCCUCAGACUCGCGCCGCAGACGCAGUGACCGCCACAGGGAUGACAGCGUGGAGAGGCGGCUUUCUCCUGACCCCAACAUUCACCUCCCGCCUGGCCAGUGACGCCCCGGACGACCUGCCCCAGUAGCACCUCUCUCCCGCCUUCAUGCGGCCAGUCAGCUCUCUCCUCAGGGGACACGCCCACCGGGACGGCUCGGCGGCGCGCCGCGGACGGCGACCCGCCCACCUUUCCUCCAAGAAGACGGGACUUUAAGUGCCUGUACUGAAACCCACACAGUGAGCGACGGAAGGAGAGUGAAGACCUGUAUCUCAUGAAUCCCCCGUGAAUCAAGGAAACCGUGUCUCGGACCGAACGGUGGGGCAGUUGGGUGUCGUCGGACCGACUCUUAAACCUGGCCCACUCCACUCAGGGAAGCCUAUUGCUGUAUGUCUAUUGGAUUCAUGCACACGGACACACAAGUACAAACUGAAAACCAGUGAAUGGGACUAAAAGCACUGCAAACACGCGACCGCACACACACACACACACACACACUCGCGCACACACAGACUCUGACUCUGACUCUCUGGUGCACUGUCCUCGCAGAGCCUUUGACUUUUACACACCCUUCCGUCUGUCUCUCUCCUGUCCUUCCCCUCUUUUUCUCGCGGACCACCUGUUGAAAUAUCAACACACAGAAAUUAUUUUUACCCCAGGGAGAUUUGAGGAGAGGAAACGAGGAGUAUGGAGGAGAAGAGUUGCUGAGGGGACCACGAGGGGGAGGAGGGAUUUGCUGGGAAGAGUGAGGAAGGAGGGGAAGAGGAGAGGAGGAGGAGGAAGAGAUGAGGGGGGGUUCCAGCCAGCAACAGUCAGCUCACCUUCUCACCUCACCUUAACACGGCUUGUACACUGAAAAUCGUUUCCCUCAGCAGCACAGAAUCCUCCUUCACCAGCGAGAGCUCGUCUAACAAUCAUAGAUAGUGUUAAACUAAACCAGCAAACACACACACACGCACACACACACGCACACACACACACACACACACACACACACACACUCACACUGCCUCUUUAUGCCUUGUUUUUAUAGCAUGUACAAAAGAGCAAGCCGAGCUCUAAUAACACACAUACAGACUUUUAUCUUUAUAUAUUAUAAAUGAAAUUAUUGAAGAAAAGUUACAUUUUAAAAGAAACCAUAGCAUUUUAAUGACGUGAUUGAUUCAGGAUUUUUUCUAAAUGGAUUAUUUUGAGUGGUAAACACAUGUCGGAGGGGGUCCGGGGAUUCUUCUUCUUCUUCUUUUCUUUUUUUUUUUUUUUUCUUUUCCUUGCACAUUUGUGUCAUAAUGAAUCGAGCCACAGAAAAACACGGCAGGCCAGUCUAUCAGGAUAAGGCCAGCAAGACGAGGAGAAUCGGGACUGGGAACAGGCGGCCAGUGAUUCAGCUGUGUGGUUGGUUGUGCUGUUCACUUCAUUUGUAGUAGCUUGCCCUUUCAGCGCGCAGCUCUCUGCUCUUUCCUGUUUACAGUCUCGCCCGGCUCGGCUCGGCUCGGCUCGGCUCGGCUCGGGUUCUCUCUGGUCUGAGCUGUCCUGGCCCCGGGCCACCUCUUCAGGCUGUCCCCGCGUGUGUGUGUGUGUGUGUGUGUGUGGGUGCGCUUGGAAUUAGCUCAUGGGUUUUUUAGUGAAGUAAUCCCAUCCUUUCAGUCAGUGCGACGCUCCAAAGUUCACAGCGGCUCAGACGGCGGGACAGACAGCGGGUGAACGGGUUAAUCAUUACCGCGCUUGAUCCUGGAAGCGCCCGGGCCCUGUCCCGAAACGCCCUCUCCUCAAUCUAUGCACAUUCACACGCUCGCACCAUCCUGCGUUUGACGACCACCGGGCCGACCGGGCGGGCCUGCGGACUGGGAGACGGACGGCCUGCAGGCGCUCUGUGUCAGAUUUCCUCAGCAGACCCCCGUAGUCUGGACCCAACAUGUCACAACAUGCAGGCACUCGCUCACACCCACCGGGUCCCGUGUCUGAAACCCGGACUGACAGCUGCCUUACGACCUCUGCUCAUAUCUCAUCUCUCUCUCUCUCUCUCUCUCUCUCUCUCUCUCUUUCUCUCUCUCUCUGUGAGUGCAGCUCUAAAAGUUCUUCAACUUCAAAUUUGCCAACAGAAUACAUAUAUAUCAUCUUCUUGUUCUCCUGUAUUGGGAACACACUCGAUCUCAGACAGACUCCCGACAUCCCCUUGUGGCAGAAAGUGGUAUUACAAACCGAGUGACCUGGAGCUAGCUAGCUGGCUUGCUAACCUCAGUUUUACAUCCCGGCAGCACAACACACAGAAGGGCUGACUGAACCGAUGUCUCGUCUCAUUUUAGGUCAUUUCAUUCGAGAAGGUCUUACACAUCGCACCUACUGUCUGGAUUUCCUUCACUUUGUUUCUGGCGUUUUCUCAAGUCAUGAUAUAGCAGGGUAAAACUGUAUAUUAAAAAAAAAAAUGCAGGCUCGCUGUCUCUAAUCAUGUUUCAGGCCUCAGCAGUCAUUACAGACGACAAAUAGCACAAACAUUACAUUUCGCUAUCAAAAGGUUAUCAUGAUUUUUUUUUCCUCGAGUCAGUAAAUGCUAUUGAUUGUCGUUGUUGUCCUCAUUAUUGUUCUCAUUGGGUUUUUUUUUUUUACCUCUCCACCUGGCAUUAUUUUUAUUCCAUGGCUCUGUUCGCUGUUGCUUUUUAUGUUGUGUACAUCAUUUUGGAUGAACACCCCCAGACUUCAUUCCCUGUUUUAAACCUUCUAGUCCCUCAACCAGAAACUCCCUUUUCUGUCUUUAGUUGUUACAAAUGUAAUAUAACUAAAAAAAAAA